AUGCAACAUUUGCCGGCCAAGUUGUGCCGCAAACUGGCUCGUCCAGCAUGCGAUGUGUUCAUAAACCAUCGUGGCAUCGACACCAAGAGGAACAUCGCGGGGUUGCUAUACGACAGUUUGACUAGGAUGGAAGUGCGGUCGUUUUUGGACAGCAUGAACAUGAAACCUGGGGAUAGGUUGUUCGAUCACAUCGACAGGGCCAUUCUAGGUUGCAAAGUGGGUGUUACGGUGUUUUCGCCACGUUACUGUGAGUCGUAUUUUUGUCUACAUGAACUCGCUCUUCUCAUGGAGUCAAAGAAGAGGGUUGUGCCCAUCUUCUACGACGUUAAACCUUCGCAGCUUGUGGUCAAGGACAACGGAACUUGUCCUGCUAAACAGCUUCGGAGAUUCUCUUUGGCACUCGAGGAAGCUAAAUACACUGUUGGAUUGACCUUUGAUUCUUUCAAAGGGGACUGGUCGGAGAUACUGAGAGAUGCUUCAGAUGCAGUGAUGAUGAACUUACUGGAGGUAGAAGAAGAGCGAAAAAACAUGAAGAGAAAACAGUGAAUACUAAUUUUUUUUUUUUAUAGAAUACUGAACAUUAUAAUAUUAAUAAGUUCUUUUGUUUUUUCUUUGGCCUGUAUG